AUGCGGUCCCAACUUCCCGUCCCGCUUCUGUUUGCUUUUGCAUCCCUCUGUUCUUAUACGGCGGCGUUGCCUUUGCUCGCCGCUCGGGAAGCCCCUGUCGAACCUCUCGUAGCAAGAGCCUCCUAUUCGGUAGUGCCGAUUGAUGGUAGCGGGGGCGAUGGAGAUUCCGCGUCCGGAAAGCCCCCAGCUACCACCGUCGUCGAGACCGUCGUCGCAUCGGCCACACCAGCAACGAAGACCAUAAUUGAGACUUCGCCGCCAGUGACAGAGCACAAAACCGCAACCGUCGUGGUCACCACCACCCCAACCACGAACGUCAUCUCUACGAUCUCGAUUAUUGAUAUCCAGCCCACUACUGCGACUGCCACAGUCACAAGCAUCUCCCCGGCGACGUCUAUAACAUCGACAGCACCAUCCGUACCAACGACUAUUUCGACAAGUGUUUCGACGUCUUGCACUAGCACUUCAUCAGUUGCCAGUGCGACGCAUUCCACUCUCACCACAUCACCCUCGUUACCAGCUACGAGGAGUACUUCGCUCCAGACUCAGAGCACACCUAGUGCCACCGCCAUCUCAAGCAGUAGCACUACCCCUACAUCAUAUGUUACGACUUCAUAUCCGCAACCAAGCACAAGUUCAACGACCUACGAUGAUGGAUUUUACCACACGACUUAUCCUGCUUGGAACGGAACGAACCUCCGCAGGCACAUUCGCAACCAGUAG